AUGGAAAAUUACUUAAACGAAGAAUCAAACUCUGUUUAUGAUUAUCACCAUGUUUCGCGUAGCAUCUCAAGAACCACGUCUAGUGCAACGGAAGUUUCUACUUCUGUUAGUCGUUCGGUGGGGGACGUCAACUGGUACCGCCAGCUUUGGUGGAAUACUG